AUGGAGAGGAAAGCUUUGGCUUUGAGGGCGGUUAUCAAGAAGCAUAGCCCGACCAAGGAGAACCUGGACCCCAGGAAGUGGAUGAGAGAGGAGGAUGUGAGGGCCUUCUCUGACUUCAUACUAAACAAAAACUCGGACAAAGACAUCGACAGGAGCUUUGACAACAAAGAGAUGUUGCUUGAUUCAGAGAGGGAGUUUAUGAAAGCAGCGAAGAGGAAUGAUGUGCAGACCAUGAAGAACCUUGGGAGAGGUCUGAAUGCCAACGCAAAGAAUGUGCACAACAGGACUGCCCUUCACUACGCAGUGGCUGGCAAGAACAAGGAGGCUGUUCAGCUUCUUCUGCAGCGCAGGGUCAAGGUGGAUCAGAAGGACAAGCACGGCGUGGCACCCAUUCAUCUAGCUGCCUGGUUUGGCAGUUUGGAGAUCUUGAAAUUAUUAGUGCAGGCCGGAGCUGAGCAGAAGGUCGAGAACGAGGACGGACUGAACAUUUUGCACUGUGCUGCCAUCAACAACCACACUGAAAUAGUUGAAUAUAUUGUAGAUGAUCUACAGAUGAAAGAACUGGACAAAGAUGACCUGACAGGGCACCAGGCGUUUGCGUUGGCGGCAGAGCACGGAUGUGUUGACAUGUUACAGAUGCUGAUGAAUCCAUAUGAAAUGGCCUCCAUGAAGCCCAACAAGAGAGGCGACACUCCCCUGCACUUAGCUGCCAGGAACGGCCACUUGGACGCCCAACAUCUGCUGCUGCUGAGCUUUGAUACCCGGGAUGAAGUCAACAUGGAUGGUGAGACAGCUCUGUACCAGGCUGCAGACAACGCUCAUGAAGAAUGUGUGCUGGCCCUGCUGGAGGCCGGCUGUGACCCCAACAUCGCCACAACGGUCAACCGCUGCGCUCUCCACCCAGUUUCAGAGAGAGGAGACAGAUCUCUUGUCCAAGUCCUGUUAGAAUACCAAGCCGAAACUGACUUUCAGAAUCAGCACCUAGAGGUUCCUCUCCACCUGGCAGUGAUCAACAGUCACAUCCCUGUCAUCCAUUCUCUCCUGCAAGCUGGCUGCAACAUUAAUGUCACCAAUAAGAGGUCCCAGACUGUUAUGCAUCUUGCUGCAGAGCUGGCCAGGUUAGAAGUUGUGGACAUGCUUCUUAAAGCUGGGCUGGAUCUGACAAUCAAGGACAGGCAGGGUAAAACAGCUCUGGGUGUGGCAGCCAGAGCGAAUGAGGUGAUUGUUGUGGACAUGAUCAUCAAAGCAGAGAGAUACUACAACUGGAAGUUGAGCAACCCUGGGCUUAAUGAGAGCGUUCAUAGCGAGUAUCCGCUAACGUUUAAACUCGACCACCACAAUGAUACCAGGCAGAUCCGUUCCAUGGCCUGGCGCCUGGCGUACGAGCUGCUGAAGCCGGGAGACUGGAAGAAACUGGCAGAACACUGGAACUUCACUAAGGAGCAAGUGUGGGCCAUCGAGGAGCAGUGGACAGGUCAGCAGAGCUACCAUGAGCAUGGGAACAGGAUGCUGCUGAUCUGGCUCCACGGUGAGCAGCUGGCUCAGACAAACCCAGCAAAAGAACUCUACCAGGGCCUCAUCUUCACAGGGAGCAGGAAAGCUGCAGAUAAGAUUCGGAUGGAAGCAGAAAGUGUCAGCCAUAAGAGCUGCAACAUAUCAUGA